AUACAAACAUCUAUUUUUAUAGAGACAAAUAGUUUAGGAGACCCACGAAAAGGAAAAAGUCAAAAAGCCUCAUGGCUGAGUGAGGCAGUUAACGCUCGGGUAACCAUGGGGCAGGAGGCUGGUCAGUGAGCCCUGCCCUCAAACUGGGAAGCUCUGGUCCUAGUUCAGAGGGGACAGAAAACCUGGAGAUGCUGUGAAGUCACGGAGUAGGGAGGUCCAAUACAGGAAAGCUGGACAGUUAAGUUAAAGCUGUCCGAUUUAGCAUCUUGACAGGGAGGGCUGACACAUAUGGGACUCCAGCAGAAGCUUUCCUGGUGAAGAGAUCAAUGGGCAAGAACACCUUGUCGUAGAUUUUGAAAGGAGAAAUGGUGCUGAUGAGGAUCCGUAGGACUUCCACAGGUUUCAGCCCUAAAAAUCCUAGCCUAGGGGUGGAGCUGAGGUUGCGGUGAGAAGCCCGCUAGAGACACGAGGAGCAACGGAAAUGACGUUUAGGAGAGUCACUUGCGUAGGAACGAACGGUUUCCGGUAAUGGUGUUUGGGAGGAGCCGGGGAAAGGGGGUGUGAGCGCAUGCCCUGUGACCCUUGGCCCCUAGCAACCCCCUGCAGCCAGUCCAAGAUGAUGGGCUGCGAAGAGUCAGAGAUAAAAUUGGUGAAAGGGGAAGAGGCGGUGGUGUCCCCCGGACCACCUCCAGAACCCCGCACCCCGGACCCCGGAGCCCCAGUGCCCGAGCCCGGCCUGGACCUGAGCCUGAGCCCGCUGUCCGACAGCCCAGAGCGGCAGACCUGCAGCCCGAGGCGGCGGAAGUGGGGGGCAAACCAGCGGGGCGGGGCCCGCAAGGGGCGGCAGGUCCGCUUCCGCUUGGCGCCACCCUCCCCGGCCCGAUCCGAGCCGCAGCCGGUCACCGCCGCACCUAAUGAGCCUGUGGCACCGCAGGACCUGGGUGCGCCUGCGCAGCACAGCAGCUUGGCUUUGAGCCUCGAGCUGCAGGCUGCGCGGGCCGCAGCCGCAGGCCAGUUCGAUGCCACAAAGGCAGUGGAGGAACAGCUGAGAAAGUCGUUCCAGACCCGCUGUAUCGUGGAGGAGAGCGUAGCAGAGGGGUUGAACGUGCCCCGCUCCAAGCGGCUUUUCCGGGACCUGGUGAGCCUGCAGGUGCCGGAGGAACAGGUUCUGAAUGCUGCGCUGAGGGAGAGGUUGGCGCUGCUGCCAAUCCAUGCUCGAGCCCCGCCCCCAAAGGAACCACAUGGGCCAGGGCCAGACAUGACUAUGCUGUGUGACCCAGAAACAUUAUUUUACGAAUCUCCACACCUAACCCUGGACAGCUUGCCCUCUCUGCGCCUUCAACUCCGGCCGCGCCCUUCAGAGGAUACCUUUCUCAUGCAUCAGACACUGAGGCGAUGGGAAGUGUAGACCUGGAGGCUCACAGAAUUGCUACAGUUAAUAAGUAUCAG